AUGGGUAGCUCCCACAAGAGAAAACAACGACAAAAAGCAAAAAAGAGCCUUAAGGAUCAGAACAGUGUUAAUUCCAAGCGGGAUCUGGUCAAAAUUGUAGAUGAGCUUAAAGCUCAAAGGCAGAACAAUAUUAAAGGUACAGAUGAAGGUGGUGCUAAGGGAGAAGAACAGUCUGAGAAUGGAAUUAUACCGUCUAACCAAGAAUUAGGGCAAUUUGAGAAAAUUUUUGCCCACUUCCGACCAGGGCUAAUAGAAAAUAAUGGCACCAAUGGUGCCCAAUUCACGAGAGCAGGAAAUGGCGAUCACAAACAAAAUGACAACAGCGUGAAUCAGGUUGCUACUCUGAUGGGUGGUAACACAGCUAUGGGGGAUACCGACAACGAUAGUCAAGCAAUUUCGGUACGGAAAAAGCGCCAGCAGGCAAAACCUACGCUAGCAGAUUUGAAGUCCAUGGUAAUAUACCCAGAACUAAUACAGUGGUUUGAUUGCGAUGGCCCGAACCCACUACUACUAACUAAGAUCAAAUCUUCUAAGAACGUUGUUUCCGUGCCGAGUCAUUGGCAACUUAAGCGAGAAUAUCUUUCGGGCAGAUCGGUUCUUGCCAAGAAACCAUUCGAACUUCCUGACAUAAUUCGCCAUACCAAUAUUGAAGAGAUGCGUAAUACCUUGCCACAAGAAGCAACUGAGGAGAGAAGCCUCAAGGAAUCGUCGAGGGCCCGCAUACGACCCAAGCUGGGCAGCCUCGACUUGGAUUAUCGCAAACUUCACGACGCUUUCUUCAAAAUAGGAAGACAUUGGAAACCGGAUUACAUGCUUCCAUAUGGCGACUUGUUUUAUGAAAAUCGCAACUUAGAAGACGAACGGAAAUGGCGGAAAAUGGAACGCUCUUUACGUCCUGGACGCUUGAGUAAGGAUCUACGGGCCGCAUUAGGGUUGCCCGAAGGCAAGCUUCCUCCCUGGUGCUCGAAAUUUAACGAGUUAGGAAUGCCACCUUCCUACUCAGAUUAUAAGGUAGCUGGCGUAAAUUGGGACAUCUCUAACUUGCAUGGAGAUGUUUACGGAUCGCUGGAAUCUAAUCGAGAGUCGCCGCAGGAUAUACCCUUGUUUGGUCAGAUUGUACAUCUAGACAGCGAUAGUGAUAACGAUAUCGAUGAAGGCGAUCUCAAUAAUGAGCAGGUUAAUACUGACAAAAGUAUCAGAACACAAUCGGUCGAUAAGGAUUCUGCAGACAAGGAAAAGCAGAGGGAAGAUGCAAUAAGGGCCGAAAGCAUGAAGGAGGUUUUGAAACGUAGGAAACAGAAUCAGCCAGAACGUCUUGAAGGAAGGGAGCAAAAACGACUAUACUCCGUCAUUGAACAAAAGGAUGAAGGAGAUAAGUCUCAACUAACCGGUAACUCUACAAUUUACGACAUCGGGGCUUCGAAACGCGCAUUGGGUGAGCAAGACUCGUUACCUUAUAAAUAUCCUUCUCGAUUGUCAGCAGCGCCAGAUUCAGGUUUAGAGGAGAAAGAUCCCAGUGAAACAAAAGAAAAACAGAAGUUCAGGUUCUAA